AUGUUCUUCAACAUGGGUGGAAUGGGAGGUGGUAGUCGCGGAAGAGAUGGUCCCGUUGACACGAAGCUUUAUGACGUGCUAGGAGUGAAGCCUUCGGCUACCGAGGAUGAGAUCAAAAAGGCUUACCGAAAGCUGGCCAAAGAAUACCACCCUGACAAGAAUCCCGACCACGGAGACAAAUUCAAAGAAAUAUCAUUUGCUCAUGAAAUUCUGUCCAAUGCUGAACGAAGGAAAACUUACGAUCAAGUGGGACUUGACGGAAUCAAAGAAGGUGGUGGCGGCGGCGGUUUUGGCGGUGAUCUAUUUUCGCAUCUCUUCGGCGAUGACGGUGCUGGUGGUCAUCCAUUUUCGUUUUUUGGAAUGGGCGGUGGAGGCGGCAGCAGGCGACGACGACAAGCAAAACCUACAGUUCAUCACCUUGGCGUCACAUUAGAGAACAUCUACAAAGGAAAAACGGCAAAGUUGCAGCUCAGCAAAAGUGUGCUCUGUGAUACUUGCCGGGGGUCUGGUGGCAGGCCUGGCGCUUCUUAUGAUUGCCGUGGGUGUCAAGGACGAGGUGUGAAGUAUCAAAUGAGACAAGUUGGGCCAGGUAUGAUUCAACAAAUGCAAGUGGCUUGUCCGGAUUGUCGUGGAGAUGGCUCUCAAGUUCCUCCAUCAGAAAAAUGCAAGAGUUGCCAAGGAGAGAAGUUAAAGAAGGUCCAAAAGAUGAUUGAAGUUCAUGUUGAUCCAGGAAUGCGACAUGGAGAACAAGUUACUUUCCACGGAGAGGGUGAUCAAGUUGAUCCUGAAAUCGAGGCUGGUGAUGUAAUUGUGGUGAUCAACGUCAAAGAGCACGCUGUUUUCAAGCGCAAUGGCGAUAAUCUUCACAUGGUCAAGGAAAUUUCUUUGAAUGAAGCUUUAUGUGGAUUUGAAAUCCCAAUCACACAUCUUGAUGGACGAAAAGUUGUACUCAAGUCGGCACCUGGGGAUAUUGUCCGACCAGAUGAUAUUCGUGGGGUGAUUGGCGAGGGGAUGCCAAAACGACGUCAUCAUGAACUUCGUGGGACACUAUUCGUGAAAUUUGAUGUCAAGUUCCCCGUUUCGCAUUUCUUGGAUGAUGAAAAGAAGUACAAGUUGUUGGCUAGUUGCUUCCCGUCAGCCAAACAAAUCGCUCCACCAACUGGCGAACAUGAAGAGGUUUCACUCUUCGAGUACGACGAGAAGAAAUAUGGUGGUCGACGUGGGGAGGCUUAUGAGGAUGAAAGUGAUUCGGACGAAGGACACGGCUCACAUGGAUCACACGUGCAGUGCGCUCAAUCA